AUGUUCAAUGUGACCUUAAUUUUUCUCUCCAUCCUCUCCCUCUUAGAGUGUGUAUGGUCAUGGUCACGGGAAGCUCGUCAUGUGGUGCCCCCUCCCACCAUACCCGGGCCAACCCUACCCCCAGUGUUUGACCCUCUCGUGCCCACCAACAUCACGGUCACAGCUUCCAAGACGGCUCUACUGUCCUGUAUAGUCCACAACCUCGGCAACAAUUCCGUGUCGUGGAUCAGGCAUCGAGACCUACAUAUACUCUCGGUGGGGUCAGUGACGUAUACGAGUGACUCCAGGUUCGAGGCAGUACCCCAGGAAGGUCAGGGAGACUGGAUGUUGAGACUAAAGUAUGCCCGCCCACGAGACUCAGGCCAGUAUGAUUGUCAGGUGUCCAGUACCCCGCCCACCGCCCGCACCACCCACCUUACUGUUGUAGAACCAGAGGCCAAGAUAGCUGGUGCGUCGGACAUUCAUGUUGGUAUCGGCUCAGUCAUCAACCUGACGUGUGUGGUACCAUACUCCCCGGAGCCCCCAGACUACCUACACUGGUACCACAAGGAGCGGAUGGUGCUGGAGGACGGGGUGAGGGUGUGGGUGAGGACACAGCUGGCUGGGAGGAGUGUGAGCCAACUGGUAGUGAAGGACGCCGCACCUCGGGACUCUGGCGUCUAUACCUGCAGCCCCGCACACUCCAUCCACCACUCCAUCACUGUGCACGUCCAUAAAGGAGAGUACCCGGCAGCGAUGCAGGGAGGGUCGUCGGUGGCCUGCGCUGGUCGUCGCGUGUGGGCUCUACUUGUGACAGCUGUAGUCACCACCACUAUCUCAAGCCCGCUUCUACUGCCAUAUUUUUAUAUGUGAAUA